ACGAGCCCAUGUACCAAAACGAUGGCCUCUAAGAAGUUCGUCACUUGGGGAUUUCUCUUCAUUUUGAUGUUUCUGUUGGUUUCAGAAGCGGCAUCCAGGAAAUUACUUGAGACUUCUGAGCUUGGCAAUUCAAAGGUGAAGAAAGGUGGCGUGGUGCUUCCAACAACACCAAAUCUCGGAACCCAUAUAGUAGGCUACGGUUAUGAUCAAUCUAAAAAGUCAUCAACUAUAGAAGCGAAGAAACCUAGAGGCCCUGUAACUCCGACAGCACCAAAUCCUCGCGCCUUUAUACCCACACCACCUGCAGCUCCGGGUAGUCAAACUUGAGUGCUUUCUUUGCGAUCUAUAUAUGAUAACGUGUGAGAUAUGUGGCCCAUGAUCAAUAAAAGGAGUCAAUGAAUUCUCUGCCUCCACUACUUGGUGAUUUAUUAAUAAGCCACAACCCUUUGAUGAUAUUAGGAAUUAUUAAAUAAAAAAAGAGAAUUUCGAUCUACCUUCCCUGCUCUAUCGAACACUAGCAUUGGCAUUACUACAUGUAGUUCGUGUCCGAUCUGAAUUCACUUGUGAAUUUGUGAUUAUAUUGGCGGUGACGCACGUUUAGUGCACAUUAUUGUACCUUUGGAAUUCUAUUAAACUUUUAUGGCCUUUAAAAUUUUGUCGUUGCUGAUAAUUUGAUACUUA